UUGCUUGACAAGAUCCCUCGAGAUUCCAGGAAAAAGAUACUUUCUACAAAGGAGAUGUUACGUGUCAUGAGUGAAAUGGGGAGGAGAAUUUUGGAUGCUGGAGAUUAUGACACUCAAGUGGCCAUCACAGAAGCUCUGUGCAGAAUGGUGUCAGAGAAGCAAAGGAGAGUUCUGGCCUCCCAGUGGUUUCCCAUGGAGUUUGUGUCCACUGCAUUUAAAGAAAUUAAAGAUGCAGAGUUUGAGACAGACUGCAGAAAAUUUCUCAACCAGGUGAAUGGCAUGCUUGGAGACAAAAGAAGGGUUUUUACAUUCCCAUGUUUAUCAGCAGCUCUUGAUGAGUAUGAGCUCCAGAUACCAGUGGAUGAAAACCUGGAAGAGUUUUGGAUUGAUUUCAACAUUGGCAGCAGAAGUAUUUCCUUCUAUGUGGCAGCAGAGGAUGCAGAUCAGCAGUGGGAAACAGUCAUUAUACAAGAGGAAGAUGUCAACAUGUACAGCCUGGAAGAAAAAGAUUCAAAGAAAUUAUUAACAAUCGAUCUAAAAAGCCCAAUGAGUGUGGGCACUCUUGAAGGAGAGAAAUUUCUUUUCUGUUUUGAUUCUAUCUUGGAAAUCAAAGAUGUGAUCAUAAAGAUCUAUGGAUUUCAUAAAUGUAAGGAUUUCAGCAAGAAGCAGUCUGCAUCAGUAGCCAAAACAACUGUCCACAUUGUCUUUGAUGAAAGUGGAUCACAGGUUCUGAUACCAGAAAGUCAGUUGUCACCAGGUUUCAAAGAAAAAUGCAGAGAGGAGAAGGAGAAACUCAGUAAAUACCAAACUCAGCAAUCUCCUGGAAGUUUGAGAGGUCAGAGUAAAAAUAACAGUCAAGAAAAACUCAGAGGUGAUUCCUCUAAGGUAACUCCAUCCCGUAAAAGGAAAGUGUCUGAAGCAUCUGUGCUUGUUCCUGGAACUACCAGUGUGUCCACAAGGAGUUCACUGUUUUUUGCCAGCACAUCCACUCCUUUUAAAGGGAGAUGUAAAUUGCCUUUGGAAAUGACCAGCUCUACUAAGAGGUCUGAAAAUGAUACAAUAAAUGAGAGCAGAACAAAGAAUUUCUAUCAGGAACCUCCUGGACAGAUGCGUUCUGAAGAAGUCUUAAAAACUGUACAAGAGGCCACAGAAAAGCAAACUUUAGAUGAAGUGUUAGAUAUUGUUCCUGAUUCUCAGCCAGCUGGGAGAAGCAACAAACCUUUGCUGCCUGGUCUUUUGGAGACUUCUUUUGAUAAAAUUGAAACAUGGAAAAAAAGAACAUUCCCUCUUCCUGAGAAGAAUGUAACAACUGGGGACAAGCAAAAGGCAAACCUGUCACUGGCACGUGCAUCCCAUCCAGCCAGAGUGUCUGAUACAUCUUUGCAUUCUGACCUUGCACAAGAGGACCCCGAUGUUCUCCUCAGAAAAGAGGCUGCAAAUCCAAAACAAUCAAAGACAAAACCAAAGUCUAAAGAAAUGGCAGAUGCAGCCAAAUCACUGAUCAGUAAAAUCAGUGACAGGUACAGAGACAAGAGUGAUGAGAAGAGCAAAGCAAGAGAUUCCCUGGGCUUUGACAGGACACAUUUAAAUAAAUCCUGGAUCUCCAAGGAAGAAGUUCAGGACAGGACCCUAAAAACUGCUUCUUUUCUUAAUAUAACUGCUGGUCGUGUUCUGGAUGAUGUCUACAACUUUAACAUCAGUGGGUUUGAUGAGCCUACAAUCAAGCUUGGAAGGAGUGAACUGGGGAAGGUUGUGAAGCAGAUCCAAGAAUUGCGUGUGACUGAGCUGAGUGUUCAUGCAGAGACAAACAAAAAAGGGAGCACAAGCAUCAAUAAAUCCAGCACAGAAGGGAAAGGAGGAAAAAAGACUAGAAACAAUCGAGACAAGAAGCAUCUCUUUAGUGACUCAGACACAGAAAACAGAGGGGAUGACAGCAAGACAGAGAUUAGUUGGCUGCAGGAAUCCAAGAGGAAACCUAAAGCCCAGAUAAUUGAUUACAGUAGGAGUAAAAAAUCAGGGAAACAAAUGAACACAGACAAAACAGCAAAAAAAUCUUUGGAACCUGCUUGCCACAUGGAAAAAGCUAAAGGCAAAAAUGCAAAUAAGAAAAAGGUAAACCAAUGUAAACCCCAGAAUUCAAAAAUGGAUGAAAUGAUGGUAAAAUCCACCAGAGAAAAACUCCCUCGAAGAGCAGCAGCAACAAAAAAUUACAAAGAGCCUUCCAGUUCUGAGUCUGAGAGUGAAGAAAGGAUUCCAACAUGCACCUCCAAAGAGGAGAAAUCCAAAACACAGAAACAUACGAAUGGGCCAAACAAGGAUUACAAGCAGCCAAAGGUACUGCAGACUGUACCUGUGGAGCCAAAGAGAGUGGAUAGCUUUGUGCAGAAAGCACUGGCUGAAUCCAGGAAUUCUGCAGAGCAGAAGGAACUGGAAAUGCCUUCAGCUGAGAGCCCUGCCUCCCUUGAGACAAUGAGAGGUGCUGAGAGAGUGUCAGGAGAUGUCAGUCCAGAGCCCAGCUCCAGUGAGAGGUCACUUGGUCUGCAGGAGUCAUCACCAGAAGACAGGGAAAUGCUAAACUCUGAGAAAGGAACCUCUCCCAGUAAUUUCUGUCCACAAAACAAGAGUAUGCAAAGUCUGGGUGUGACUCAGUCCCCUGGGACAGCAGUUGCAAAGUUGACAUUUGGAAGGAAAAGCUUCUCACCAGUUUUAACUGAAGCAUCUUUGCUCAGCUUAACCACAUAUAAAACCGUCAGUGGCAAAAAUUCCAAGGGAGCUGUAGCAGAAACCUGUAACAGUAAUGAAGAUUCAAGUUUCCAACGUUGCAUUUCAGACGCAUUUUCUGUUAAAGGAAAGCUUCAGGAUAUCACUAAACCUAUCCCCAAAAAUAAGGAAGAGCUCUGCUUAACAGCAUAUAAAGUUGACAGUGGAAAACGUGCAAAGGGAGCUGUGCUGGAAACAAGGAAUAACGAUGAGGAUUCAAGUCCCCAGUCUUGCUUUUCAGACAUUUGUGCUAAAGGCAAACUCCAGGAUCCCACCAAACCUCUCACCAAAAGUAAAGAGGAUUGUGUAGCACCAUCCCCAUUGUCUCCUUCCAGCAGGAGUAGAGUACAGUCUUGGAUUAGAGAACCUUAUUCCCCCAUGAAUGAGUCAGGACCAAGUGUACCAACAUUCCUCAAACGAACUUACCACAGUGCCACAGGAGGCAGCUCUGAUGAGGCAGAAACAAGCAAAGAGGAGGAAAAGAAAGGAAGGAGAAGAAUAAGUUUACAGCCCAAAAAAUUAUUUAAAACAGAUGAUGCUGCUACUUGCAGAGCGUCUGAAAGUGUCUCCACUCAAUCUGUAAAUGACCUGUCUGGUUUGGAUGGGGAAUUCUGGAAGCCUGAUUGCUCAACCAUCAGCAUUUGUCAGCAGCUCCAGAAAGAAUUUACCAAGAAAAUUGAGAACCGCUCCCGGAAAAUGGAUAAUUUUAAUAAGCAAACACUGAGAGCUGCCCAUCAGCAUUUGGCCGCAAUGAGUUACCAACUCCAUGAGUGCAGGAUCAGGCAGCUGGACAAAUUUCAUUUUACUCUCACUGAGGAACUUGAGAAAUUUGAAAAGGACUCUCAGUCCCUGAAAAUCAUGGAAAAAGAAUUCUCGACCUUUUGGAAAAAGCAUUCCCACACUUUUAGUACAUUCAUGAAAAAUGAGCAGCAGAGAAUUCAGAUUCUUAAAACUUCAUUUGAAAAGAAUAUCUACUGUUCUGUUGGCUGUGAAGAAAAUGUUUUUACUUCAGAGAUGCAUCUGAUGAAAGAAGACAUAAAAGGACUCCAAGAGAAAUUUCUAAAAGAAAUGCAAGAAGAGGAGCUGUGUAACGUUCGCAGGGGAUUGCAGACCUUGUUUCAAUCAAAGGCAGAAUUCUGAAGUGAUUUUUUCAGAUUCCUUCCUGAAAUUCAAGGAGCAGAGCAGCGGCCGGGCUGGCUGAGGAAGGAUCGGAGCACGGAGAGGAUGGAGCCACUCAGAGCCACCCCAGGCUUCAGGUGCAGCAGUGACUCAGCUCAGGGGCAGUGUUUGGCAUUUAAAACCUGCUCUUAAGUUAGCCUUACUGUAUUUUUAUUAUGUUUUUCAAUAUAAUUUUAAUGUAAUUUAUAUAAUAUUUAUUGCCAGUGGAAGUGUGCAUCCCUGCUGAACAGGACACACUGUAUGUGGGUUAUUAGCCAAGUUCAGUUUGUAGUUAACAGUGGCUCAUCUCAAAUUGAAAAUGCUUCUUCUGCUGAAGAAACUUUGCUCUCCUUUCUCUGUAGCCUUUUUGUAUAUUGCACCUGGACUAUCAUUUUAUUGUUGUUAAGAAUUACUCCUGUAUUAUUAAUAUAAUAAAAUUAUAGAUAUAUGUAUGUUAAAAGGCUAGUUAUGUUGUUCCAUAUUUCUGUGAAAAGUCAGCAAGUUAAAAAAUUACAAUAAAGAGGAAAAAACACAUCUUUGGAUCAAGUGAUGGGGUCAUCAUUCAAGCCUUCAGCUGACAGUCAAGUAAGACAAACAUUAAGAGGUUGACACCACCUCCCCCAGGAGUCCUUAGUUCCUUCUCACAUUGCACUGACACAGAUUUUGUGCUGCACUGGGUGUCCUUA